UUCAGUCCUCUACUCUUCGUCCGAUUCUUGAUUAUUUUACGGAGUCUUGUGCUAAAACCAGGAGCUCAGGAAGCUCUGGUUGUUUCAGUUUAGUUUUUAACUUCUGAAACGUCCGUCUUUUGGUUCCUAAGAAAAAAAAAAAAAAACGAAACCAGAUUGGAGGCGUGAGUGCGGGACAUGGAUAGAUGGCAAGGUGGAUGAGGGAGUAAUUUGGGUUUAUUAUCGUUGCCGCCUAAUUACAUUUAUUCCCAACUUGGAGUAUGUCGCAGAAACGGCAACCUGAAGAUGGAAAGGAAGGCAACAGUACCGGUGGUGAGAAACGUCAACGCGGAGCUUCCUUGAGAAGUGUGAUGCUAGAAGCGGUGAAGAUGCAUGAUGUUCAGAAGAUUUUGGAACCUUUGGUCCGUAAAAUAGUGAAAGAAGAACUUGAAGUGGCACUGAGAAAGUAUUUGACCGGUAUUAAGCAAAAUUGCAUUGGACAGGUACAUCAAUCUACCUCAAGAAGCUUACAACUGCAAUUCACAAAUAAGCUUUCUCUUCCAGUCUUUACUGGCACAAGACUUGAAGCAGAGGAUUGUUCAACCAUAAGGUUAGCUAUAAUGGAUACCCUGUCUGGUCAAGUUGUCGACUCGGGUCCUGAAUCCUUGGCAAAGGUGGAAAUAGUGGUUCUUGAAGGGGAUUUUGGAGGUGAUGAACAAGAAAAUUGGAGUAUUGAAGAAUUCAGUAACAACAUUGUUAAGGAAAGGGAAGGCAAGAGACCACUUCUUACUGGAGAUGCAUUUCUGAAUCUUAGUGAGGGUACUGGUGUUGUGGGUGAUGUUAUUUUUACUGAUAAUUCAAGCUGGACGAGGAGUCGUAAGUUCAGGUUAGGGGCAAGAGUUGUCGAUGGUAACUGUGACGGCAUUACAGUGAAAGAAGCAAAGACGGAACCCUUCAUGGUAAAGGAUCAUCGUGGAGAAUUGUACAAGAAACAUUACCCUCCUUCUUUGGUUGAUGAGGUAUGGCGCCUGGAAAAGAUUGGCAAAGAUGGUGCUUUUCAUAAGCGUUUGAGGAGUCAAAAUAUCAACACUGUGAAGGAUUUUCUGACUUUACUUUGUAUGGACACUCCAAGACUCCGAAAUAUUCUAGGGAAUGGUAUGUCUGCUAAGAUGUGGGAGGUCACUGUGGACCAUGCUCGGACAUGUAUACUUGAUAAUAGGAAGUACAUGUACUAUCCCCCCAGUGCUCAGAAGAGAGUGGGUGUGGUCUUCAACAGUGUAGGACAAGUUUUGGGAAUUCUUGCCGAGGAGAAAUAUGUUUCCAUUGAUGAGCUCUCAGACACUGAAAAGGCUGACGCACAUAAACUGGUACAAGUUGCAUAUGAACAUCGGGAACAAGUAGUCUCUUACGAAGAUGGUGCUCCAAUGGGCAACUUUUUCCCGUCACCUGCUGUUUGUUUUCCCUCCAGUUCACCUGGGGUGGAUAGUUCAUACAGUAAUCAGUUGACAAGCAAUCAGAAGUUGGAUGAUUUGGGUUUUAACCAGUGUGUGUUUUCUCCGGAUGUUUCUUCUAUCUUACCUGUUGGGGGCCCAUCAAGGUUGAAUCAUUACACCUUGCAAGGUACCAGCGACAUGGAUCUUAGAUACGAACAGCCUUCCAAUACAUUUUCUGAAACCAUGUUGCAUACUUUCUGUGAAGACAAUCUGCAAUAUUUUGAUACUGAGGAUGCCUCACAAGCUGACCUACACUGUGCUGUCAGUGGCUUCCUUGCCAUGUCAGCUCGGUCUGCUGCAGCUGCUCAGAUGCAUUGGAGAAUACUAUACAGCGUCCUGAAAUGGAUAUUUACAGUUCGGAGGAUUGUGGCUUCGAAGAAAAGGAAGUGAGAACUGGGGAGAUACCGUGUAUUGGCAAAAUAAAGAAAUGCAGAGAUCUGGUUAGGAUGAGGGUGCUGCUCAAUUAUGUUAUCUGAAAAGUUUGUAGAGUUCCUUUUUUUUUUUUUUUUUUUAAUGAAAUGUACAGUGUGUAGAGCUGUGGUUCUGGGCAGACUACAAUGUACAGAGCAAUGACAGCUACUUGUGGUUGCGGUGCUGUCCUUGAAGCUUCUGUAGAUGUGUAAAUUGAAUUUUUUGCUACUAUCUAAGUGGGUCUCGGCUUUGGUA